AUGCAUUUCAUCAUCUAUCUCGUUUUCCUCUUCACCCAAUUAUACAUCCAAACUACAGUGGCUCAAACGGAACAAGCAAUACUCCUCAAUUUAUCGGUAUCGGAAGUAAAUGAGGAACAAAUAGAACUACAGGAUUCGUUCACAAAAGAAGCGGAUAAAGAACAGACAACGUCACCGAAUUUAAUAAUUCAAGAAGCGAAUGUUGAGCAAAAAUUACAGCAUCCUAUAUUUCCAAAAAAAAUAUGGUUGAAAAGAUAUACCAUGAAUGAUGUCGAUGAAAAACUGCAUGGUAAUUCGGAAUGCAACAAAACUUUCUCACAGUCAUCAAAUUUAGAACGACAUUUGAUAAAUCUUACUGAUGAAAAUCUGCACGGUUAUUCGGAAUGUAAGAAAAUUUCCUCCCAAUUAUCAAAUUUGCAUAUUGGUAAAAAACAGACACAGUCAUCAAAUUUAUUAAUCCAGGGAUUGAAUGCUGAACAAGAAUUACGACAUUCUAUAUUUUCAAAUAAAAAACCGUUUGAAAGACAUAGGAAGAAUUAUGCUGGUAAAAAACUGUUCGGUUGUUCGAAAUGCGGAAAAAAUUUCUCUCAAUCAGUGAAUUUGAAAACGCAUAUGAGGAUUCAUACCGGUGAAAAACCAUACGGUUGUUCAGAAUGUGGAAAACAUUUCUCUGAUCAAUCGACUUUAAAAACACAUAUGAGGAUUCAUACUGGUGAAAAGCCGUACGGUUGUUCAGAAUGUGGAAAACGUUUCUCUGAUCUAUCGAGUUUUAGAACACAUAUGAGGACUCAUACCGGUGAAAAACCGUACGGUUGUUUUGAAUGUGGAAAACGUUUCUCUGGUAUAUCGACUUUUAAAAGACAUUUGAGGGUUCAUAGCGGUGAAAAACCGUACAGUUGUCCAGAAUGCAAAAAAAAUUUUUCUCAAUCAGUGAAUUUGAAAACACACAUGAAGAUUCAUGCUGGUGAAAAGUCGUACUGUUGUUCCGCAUGCAAAAGUUGUUUCACCCGAAAACAACAUUUGAAAAAUCAUAUGUUGAUCCAUACCGAUGGAAAGUUGCAUGAUUGUUCUGCAU